CAUCCGUCCGCGCAGAUCUCACGCUCAUCUAUCCUGCUGUCCCAUAUCAACCUCGCAUCCACGUCAUUUUUGUCUCAUAUUCACCUCGUAUCCGCCUCACACUCUCCCGCUCGGUCCGUAUCUGCUGGCAUUCAUCCUCCCGGCUCGCCUUUCUUCGCCCACACAACGCAGCCUGUCGCCGACACAUCGCCAUUCCACCCGCGCCAGACAUGAACGACUCGGAGGACUCCAUAUCCAUAUUCUCGCUCGUCCCGGCAGUCUAUGUGGUUGCAUGUCUGUAUCUGCUGCCGUUUGGAUCGACAUCCGUCCGCAUCUUGAACCGGCUGUUGGGCAGGGCACCGCCGCCGUUAUCCACACCCGAAUCUAUUUUGCGAGAGCCGCUGCUUCCCUACGAGCAGUACGAAAGCCUCACCCGCAUCGAGUCGUCCCAUUCGCUGCUCGAGGAGCGGCAAGCUCUCGGAUGGUCCCCGGCUCGGUCGCUGCAAGACCCAUGCUUGAUCGAUCUCGGGACAUGCGGCAUCUGCGCCUUCCAAAUCGCAUGGGCCAUCCAGCCUCUAUUCCAUAUGCAGCGACACGGAAGCGAAUACCAGUCUCUACGGCUGCCGCUGCUCAUAUUGGUCUCGGUGGUUUCGUGGUCCGCGGCCCUAGCCAUCAAUCUCAUGUCGUUGAUGGCCUUUUCCCUGGCCGAGAGCAUCGUGGUGUCCUUCUGGAUGACUCCGUUCUACCUCAUGAUGGGCGUGACGGAGCUGCUCGAGACUUACAUCCGGCACCCCAGCGGCCCCGGGGAUCUAGGAGCGAAUCCGGUGUGGCAUUUCGUUGCGGCUGCUGUGUCGUUUUUCCUGGGCAUUGUCGGGAUCUGCCGGCAAUGCUCCAUUGUCGCUCCGGUGCUGCCUCGUCGCCCCAUGAAUCGCCAGGGCUGUCGCAGAGCGACCGACACUCUCCACCGAGCCACUCGCCCACCCGAGCCAAGCGCCUGAGUCUGUCAUCUCCAUUUUGUGAAAAUCGGGCCGACCAAGGCGUGGGCCGAUCUGGAGCUGGAGCUGGAGCUGAGGCUGGAGGUUUGUGCUGAGGAAGACCGUUUGAUGACGAGGGAAUGCUGCCGUUGUCGAUGGCGGCCAAUUCAAUAAUACAGUCCUUCCAGAAAGCUAUGUGACAGUAUCGCUGCUUCUCUAGCAUCAGAGCCCUGAAGCCUGUUGAAGUUCCCUAGCCCUCGGUAGGCAGGCCGGGUGAUUGUUUCCAGUCCCGGUUGGCC